AUGCUGCUGCUCCUGUGUGUGUGUGACAGAGCGGAGGGGGUGAUCAGGCGUCACUGUGACUGCUAUGAGGAGGAUAUGUAUGUACAGAAAGAUAUCGGAGGGGUCCUAGACUGUUCCUUUAAGCCUGGCCUGGGACCCUACGCUGAGUGCACAGAGAUCACUGACCUCAGGUAGGUUACAUACAACCAGGACAAUAGAACAGAGAUCACUGACCUCAGGUAGGUUACAUACAACCAGGACAAUAGAACAGAGAUCACUGACCUCAGGUAGGUUACAUACAACCAGGACAAUAGAACAGAGAUCACUGACCUCAGGUAGGUUACACACGACCAGGACAAUAGAACAGAGAUCACUGACCUCAGGUAGGUUACAUACAACCAGGACAAUCGAACAGAGAUCACUGACCUCAGGUAGGUUACACACGACCAGGACAAUAGAAAAGAGAUCAGCAGUAUUACAUCCUUAUACAGACUAUAGUUUCUAGUCAGAUACACUCUAUUUAUACAGUAUAUAAAUUAUCUAUUUAUAUUAUACAGUAUCAGUCCAAAGUUUGGACACACCUACUCAUUCAAGGGUUUUUCUUUUUUUUACCUUGUCACAACACAACUGAUUGGCUCAAACGCAUUAAGAAGGAAAGAAAUUCCACAAAUUAACUUUUAAGAAGGCACACCUGUUAAUUGAAAUGCAUUCAAGGGGGUUACCUCAUGAAGCUGGUUGAGAGAAUGCCAAGAGUGUGCAAAGCUGUCAUCAAGGCAAAGGGUGGCUACUUUGAAGAAUCUCAAAUAUAAAAUAUAUUUUGAUUUAUUUAACACUUUUUGGGUUACUACAUGAUUCCAUAUGUGUUAUUUCAUAGUUUUGAUGUCUUCACUAUUAUUCUACAAUGUAGAAAAUAAAAAUAAAAAAACCCUGGAAUGAGUAGGUGUGUCCAAACUUUUGACUGGUAGUGUAUAUACAUAUCGGGCCUUUAUAUAUAUAUAUAUAUAUAUAUAUAUAUAUAUAUAUAUAUAUAUAUAUAUAUAUAUACAGUGGGGAGAACAAGUAUUUGAUACAAUGCCGAUUUUGCAGGUUUUCCUACUUACAAAGCAUGUAGAGGUCUGUAAUUUUUAUCAUAGGUACACUUCAACUGUGAGAGACGGAAUCUAAAAAAUCCAGAAAAUCACAUUGUAUGAUUUUAAAGUAAUUAAUUUGCAUUUUAUUGCAUGACAUAAGUAUUUGAUACAUCAGAAAAGCAGAACUUAAUAUUUGGUACAGAAACCUUUGUUUGCAAUUACAGAGAUCAUACGUUUCCUGUAGGUCUUGACCAGGUUUGCACAUACUGCAGCAGGGAUUUUGGCCCACUCCUCCAUACAGACCUUCUCCAGAUCCUUCAGGUUUCGGGGCUGUCGCUGGGCAAUACUGACUUUCAGCUCCCUCCAAAGAUUUUCUAUUGGGUUCAGGUCUGGAGACUGGCUAGGCCACUCCAGGACCUUGAGAUGCUUCUUACGGAGCCACUCCUUAGUUGCCCUGGCUGUGUGUUUCGGGUCAUUGUCAUGCUGGAAGACCCAGCCACAACCCAUCUUCAAUGCUCUUACUGAGGGAAGGAGGUUGUUGGCCAAGAUCUCGCGAUACAUGGCCCCAUCCAUCCUCCCCUCAAUACGGUGCAGUCGUCCUGUCCCCUUUGCAGAAAAGCAUCCCCAAAGAAUGAUGUUUCCACCUCCAUGCUUCACGGUUGGGAUGGUGUUCUUGGGGUUGUACUCAUCCUUCUUCUUCCUCCAAACACGGCGAGUGGAGUUUAGACCAAAAAGCUAAAUGUUUGUCUCAUCAGACCACAUUACCUUCUCCCAUUCCUCCUCUGGAUCAUCCAGAUGGUCAUUGGCAAACUUCAGACGGGCCUGGACAUGCGCUGGCUUGAGCAGGGGGACCUUGCGUGCGCUGCAGGAUUUUAAUCCAUGACGGCGUAGUGUGUUACUAAUGGUUUUCUUUGACACUGUGGUCCCAGCUCUCUUCAGUUCAUUGGCCAGGUCCUGCCAUGUAGUUCUGGGCUGAUCCCUCACCUUCCUCAUGAUCAUUGAUGCCCCACGAGGUGAGAUCUUGCAUGGAGCCCCAGACCGAGGGUGAUUGACCGUCAUCUUGAACUUCUUCCAUUUUCUAAUAAUUGCGCCAACAGUUGUUGCCUUCUCACCAAGCUGCUUGCCUAUUGUCCUGUAGCCCAUCCCAGAAUAGGAUUAUGACAAAUAACAAUUUAUCUUAUUGAGUAUCUUUAACAAUAAACCAAAAACAAAUUUUUCUAUGGAGUGUAAAUACAUUUCUAUGAAAUAUGAACAAAUCUUUAUGGAGUGUGAGAGCGAAAAACCUGUCUGGCAGCCUUCUUUCCAAAUAUCCAUCAAUCAAUCAAGACAGUAAAAUUCUCUCACGGCCCCUCUGCCCCAGGCAACCACCUAAGUACUCCAGAUCAAUUCAUAAAUCUUUAUCAAUGCAUUUUAAACUAUGAUGCAAUUUGAAUACACAUGAAAGCCUCAGCAAACAAAAUACAAUCAAAAAUGUCCACAUUCAGGCUGAUCAACCCAUCGGACCCUCCUGUGGAUUCUCUCUAUCCCUGCCUAGACCCAAUAUCCCUAAGCAUCCACGAAAUAAACAAAAACAUCUGAGAUCCCCACAUGUACCCAAUAACAGCAAAUAUCAUUCUACAAAAAUUAAUACAGAAAGAAUAUGACACAAAUUAUCUAUUACACAUGCAAAUAUGUCUAUAUAUCAUUGCAGACACUGGAAUGUAGUCCACUACACUUCAUCUCCUCAGCAGUGUCGACUUCCAAUGCAUCGUUGAUGAUGGAAUCGGAACAUUUCCACACCUUCCUUGUUCCACUUCCUCCAGUCCAUUCAUAUUGUCCCUUCAUAUUGUCCAUGUUUGAGUAUUUGAACCCCCUCUACAUAUUCCCCCAUAUGCUUCUGGAAGAAAAGAAAAGACCAAACAGUAUCUUUUGCAAAACAACACAUUCAAAUUAAAACAUCAAUAUCAACUAAAAAUAUAAAAAUGAUAUAUAAAAUGAAUCACAUACCAUUUCCCCCCUUUGAUUCAUAACAAAAUACUAAAAUCACACUAACAUUUAAAAACAUUUAAAAAAUGAUCGGAUAAUCAAAAUGGAUAUUUAUCCAUCAAUACUCCAUCCAGUUCCACUUGUUCAUCUUCAUCUAGAUCAGUAACAGUUAACAACGGCAUCUGAGUGUUUUCUCCAGGCAUCACAACUCCAACCCAUCUCAAUAUCAUAGCCUUCGCAAAGGUCAGUAACAAAGUACAAAAGCAAAACAUCACACACAGCGCUAUCAGAGCUGCUACUAAAAUCUGAACUAUCACUGCUCCCACUGGGCCUAACUGAUCUUGCAACCAAGCCUUCGCUGACCAUCCAGCUCCUUCAGAUCUACCAAACGCAUCCCUUAUAUUCUUCAAUGCAUCUAUAACACUAGUGAUAUUAUCGGAACUAUCUGGGAUCAAAGUAUAACAAUCAUCCCCCGUCAAAUUCAUAGCCAAACAUAAGCCACCUUGUUUUGCUAAAAUAUAGUCAAGAGCCAUGUCAUGUUUCAACAGCGUCAGUCUGUGACUUCUUUGAGUAUUCGACAGAAGGUUAAACCCUCUUAUCGUUUCAUUUGCAAAACCCUGCAAAGUAUAGGUAAUAUUAUCAAUGUGAUCUGCCAAAAAUGUUACACCAUACCAUGGAAAAAGUCCCAGUCCCCACUUCUCUCCUAGACUUAUCCUCCAAUGGUAGGCUUCCAGACUAUGAAAUUCCUCUCUUCCCUAACGAGCUGUAUUGAUCAGAUGUAUCUUCUUGUCUUCCAUUAAAAUCAAAGAACUCAUCCUGUACCUCCAUGAUAGUAUUCUGCACUAUUUCAGAUGAAUCUGCAUCAUUCUCUACUACCAUCUGCUCUCCUAUCUCAACACUAUCCUUACUACCAUUGACAGCACUCUCCAUCCGUAUAAUAAACUCCUGAGUCACUCUUGCUACAUCCUUUAGUUUCAGAAAAGUUGUUGUUGGUGUCUGUGUCAUAUUUCCUAAAUUUGUUAUUGCCGUCAUACCAUUAAUUUCUUUCAAAGUUGCUAUUAAAAUAGUUGCUUUAGUUGAUUUAUUAACACUCUUACAGAUAUCCUCUGUGUAUUAUUUACUGCUGAAGUGGCUACUGUAAUAUACUUCUCUUGAACUCCUUUGGUGACUGUGGAAGCUUCAACAGACCUCAAAUCUUCCAUCAUAAGCGUCACCUUACGAGUUACAUAACCUUUUAACCAAUAAUUCUUAGCCGGAACAAACUUUAAUGCUUGCACUAAAUAAGUACACAUAUAUUCUCCCUGAUCUUUCCAUGUAACAUUACGCAAAAUAAGUGAGCAAUCACUCAUAACCCUCUUCCAUUUCAUAUCGUUGUACAAAAUAUACUUCCUUUGACUAGGGGGCACAGCUUCUACUUCUGGUCCUGAUAACAACACUUCUUCUCCAUAAUUAUCUCUCCAUGUGAGAGGAACGUCACCACCCCCACUCCAUCUCUCACAUCUACAAGGAAGAUGAGCUGUACCACCAAUCCUAACCCUAAUGACAGUCUUUUCCUCUAAAAUUGGUGCUGGAGCGAUUGGCUCCCUUGUAAUCAAAUGUGAUACAUUUAUAGCUUUAAUAACUGUCAAUGUUGAAAGAGUUGAAUUGCUUCUCACUGUUGUUAUAAUAGGCUGAAGUGUUGAUGUCAUUGUUGUUGAUUCAUCCAUUCUCCCUAAAGCUUUGAACUCUUUACUUGUAUUUCCAUCUAUCACCACAUCAACUCUGUCACUACAUCAACUCUCAGUCCCAACUCUAAUCCCUCACUUUCAACCUGUUGAUUAUAAAAAAUACAUUUAUAGUCACCUUCAUCUUCCUGCUGGGAAUUGUAAAUAUAGAUACUGCAAUCACCCUCAAUCUUCAUUCUUCUCUUAUCAUUCAACAACGCAUACUUUCUCAAUGCAACUGCUCCUAACAGAUCUAAACUCCUGCCAUAUCUAUCUUCCCACUGAACUCUAAAUUUCCCUUCACCACUGUUCUCUCUCUCUUCCUACUAACAUUGAAGCUGAGCUGACUGUCCUAGAGUUCCUUCAACCCUAGUUUUCCUAACUUUUUAAUCUGACUUUUCUCCUAACUUUUCAGUCCCCACCUGCUUAUGACUUCUUUACACACAGACUUGGCAAACGACUGAGCAUCUUUUAGCUUAAUUUGACAUCUUAUUCACCUCUUGGUGUAGGAAUGUAACCAAGAAUAACAGUCACCCCCUGUAAACGUUAUUUUUCAGACAGAUUGUCCUCCUUCCUAUGAUAUAAUCAAUCUUUUCAAGCAAAUAUGAUUCCCAAAAACCCUACUCCUUUGUAAUCUUUCUCCUAACCUUAGCCUUCUUUAAAGAAUCUUCACUGAGAUUUCCAAUCCAGAAUACUAAAGACAAAUCCAUCUCUGUCAUCAUCAACAAUUGGUAAACCUUUUCCUUUGGCACUUCUACCAGACAGCCGUCUGGUGUACAUCUUAUUGUACAGUUCAACUUACACAAUGCAUCUCUUCCCAACAAUGCAAUAGGUGUAUGUUCUGUAUGUUCUGAUACCAGUAUGGGUAUUGUAAUUUUCUGAUUUUUAUAGCAGAGCUCAAUUGGUUCCAUAAGAGGAAUCAGCUGUUUUACUCCCUCGAAUCCCUAUCCUAAUUAGUUAAUUUUACAUAGUGAGAUGUGUAACCUCUUCAGGCUGAACACAGAUAAAAACCUUUCCGCUAUCCAUUAUCACUUCCCAUGGUCCGUUGUUUAUUUUUACCUCAAUUGUUGGAUAUUUUUCCGGUCCUGAUGCUACCAGCUGACACCCCCCUUUCGGAUCUUCUGGGCACCCCUAGAAUCCUUGCUCCUUGCCCCUAUAAGGGUUCACCUGUCCUCCAGAUGAUCUUCACUUGCUCCUGUAUCUUCCUCUGAAAUUCCCUCUGUGUUUCCUCCUGGCCCAUUGCACUCACGGGCAAAGUGACCAACCUGUCCACAAUUAUAACACACUUCUGAGGGUUGCUGGAAGUAUGGCUUAAAUCUUCCUCCUCUUCCUCUUUCUAAGCCUUCUCGUCCUCUUCCUCUCCAAUUCUGUGUCUGUCCAGAAACUGGCUGUGGAUAUGGAACAACUGGUACCGCUAUUGGUGGCUGGUACAAUUGCGGUUGGAACUGGUCCGGUUGAAGCUGUGGCAGUGAUUGUUGAUUUGGUGCACACUGAUUCUGCAUAACCAAAGCUUGUUUCUUCUCCUUCUUAUUCUCCACCAGUUGUAUUUGAUUGAGUUUUCUGAGAGUUUCUUGGUCCUGUUCUUUCUGGUUGUGUUCCUUUUUCCUGUACAGAUCCACUUGAUGGGCUAUAUGAUCUGUAUAGACGCCUUUUGUCAUGCUUCCAAGUCCAACCACCUCUGCCAGUUUGCUCCUUACUGGUGAGGGCAGUCCCAUCUGCAGUUUAGCUCUCAAAAUUGACUGCUCAAUUUGACUCACAUCUGGAUCAUUUCCGGUAAUAUUUCUCCACACUUGAUGGACUCUUGACACAUAGGCUCUCGGAUUUUCUUGUUGUCCUAGUGGAUCAAUCAGAAUGUUGUCAGGAUGCACAUUUGUUGGAAACGUAUCUUUCAGUGCUCUCCACAGCCGAUUCCUACUUGCAGCCAACAAUUCAGGAUCAUUCACUGCAGUCCCCACAUAUCUAUUGAGUCCAGCUCUCUGAAAUAUUUCUUCCAUAUCUGGAAUCCCAAGGAGAUUAGCCAAAAGUAUCUUAUUGUCUCCUAUGGCUGACUGUGUUCCCACCGUAAUUUCUUCCAAUUUUGAAAUCCAAGGAUAGGCUCCAUCUUGAAGAGUAGGCAGCUUCUCAAGUAUAUCUGACAUAUCGGUAUUUUGCAAAGGCUUAUAUUCUAGGUUUUGUCCUCGAAUGAUCACUGGCAUCAUCUUCUUACUGGUGCCCUCUUUCCUUGGCCUCAAUGUAUACUUUUUCUCCAAUUCUUGGGAUCCUUUUCUCAGCAGUUUUUUCUUCUGUAUCUUCAGCUUCUUGAGUUGUUGUUCCAGUUCUCUUACUUCUUCUAAAUUAUUCGCUUUAUCCAGGCAUAAUACGCAUCGGUCUAUAUCUCUUUCUAUUUCUUCUGUGCUAGUCAUUGUAGGAUAAAAUCCUCUUGAAUAUGAAGCACCUUUAAUCUCCAAAUCUUUAUCGCUGUCUUCAUCUUCGCUUUCAUCAGAACUGGAAUAUCUUGUAUUCUUCUUCUUCAAACAUCCAUCACCCCUUCUUUCCACUCUGGCCAACCUCCGUCUGAUCACAGGGUCAUAUCCACCCAUGAUCUCUUCUGAAUCACUCUGAUCAUCAUCAUCAUCAUCUUCAAGUUCCAUCCUCCUGAACCUCACUCCACCCUUAGUUUCCAGACAUCUCGUUUUCAUCCUACUUUUGGAGUUUGGAUUCAUUUUUAUGGUCGUUUCUGCUUGUCCUCUCUCUAUUAUUCGUUCAUCCUCAUCUCUGAUGCAAUAAUCACCCUCCUGAAUGAUCACUGGAAGCUGAGGAUAGACGUCCUUAAACUCUACUUCUUUCUCAUAAGGUGGGGGUCUUUUUGCUGAAUCUGUAUGUGAGAAAGGUGUACUGACUUCUGUCAUUAGUUUUUCUGUCACCUUCACUGCUUUUACAAUUUUCUCUAUACCUUUGUUUCUUUUAUCGUUGGUAUCUUUUAUCAGUUUUUGUCCUUCAUUUUCAAACAGCUUAAGAACACCCAGCUCUCUUUGUCUCUUUUCUUUAUGUUGUUCCCUUUUUUUCCCUUUCUUUUGAUCUGCCUUAUGUAUUGACAGAAGCACUUUCAUUAUGUUGAUGACGUCAGGGUUAAGAGUCCCUUCCACUGGCCAUGGUUGUUCAAUGUCAGGCCAACGUUUAUUCCCUUUUCCAGAUAACCUUGCAAUACCAUUAACUAGAGGAUUACUAUUUUGCACUACAUCAACAGGAGUAAUUACUUUCAUAGUUUUGAUGUCCUUUUUCCCCAUUGUAACAACUCUUUUAUAUUCCUUUAUUGUGAAUUAUUUUAUUAUUUUAGACUAUAUAACUUAUAGUUUCCUCCCUUUAAUUAUUAAUAAAAAAUAAAAAAUAAAAAUAUUUUAUAUUUUUGUUUUUUAUAUUUAAUUAAACAAUUAAUCAAUCAAUUGAUGUAUAAUACAUUCUUUUUUUUCUUUUUUUUCUUUUUUUUUCUUUUACCAAUUUAUUAAUUAGUGGCAAUCUUACCACAUCCGAUUAGGAAAAGUAAAGGAAAGUAGUCAACUUCAGAGCAAUCCAAAAAAGAAAGACCUACAAUCCAGCAACACUACAGUACUCACAAACCAAUUGCUUAAUAAGCACCCAAUUACCUUAAUUUUACAGAAUAAUGUCAGUACUCGAUUCCCAACACAACUCUAAUCAAACCAACUUAUUCACAAAAACUCCAAUAUGCAAUCACAUCAAUUGAUCAGUAUGUUGCCAAGUCCCUGUCAAAUUGUCACAACAUCAAAUAUGCUAGGCACACAAAAUAUCCUGUAUGGGAAGGUAAGUUUUGUAAAUAGAACAGUACUGGCCUUAGUUUGACUGGAUCCGUUGCAGCACACCCUGUCGCAGCACACCCUGUCGCGUGAUGUACACGUCAGCACUUCCGCUCUCUCUCUGUCUCCUCCCUCUCGUCUCUCAUAUGACAGAAUAACAAAGGACAGACAAGAAUUUAGUAUUUUAUGCACACACUGAGUUAUUUCAACCAUUCGAUACUCCUCCAUUCACAUUCGCUCUAAGAAAUAAGCAAACAACUUAACUCAGGAAUAGUAUAAAUAGCUCAAUAACAUUUUAUGUUAUUCAUUUUUAAUCCGUCAACAUAUCUCUAGUUUAUCAAUUCGAUAGGUCUCAAGAAAACAGUUGAAUCUUUAAACAACAGCCGAUUUAACAACCAGAAUACACUAUUAGUGUCUAAAUCUUCUCUCUCUUUGUCUGCGUCUCCCAGCAGCUCAGUGCAGGCAGGGGAGUGGCAUAUUUGCCCUACGUAACUCUAAAGUCAUAAAAUCACACGCAUGCGUAGUACAUUCACCAAUACGAUUUCAGAGUGGAUGGAGCUCUCUCCCAGCUCUCUCCAAGCCAAACAGAAAGUUAACAGUCCCGCUGUACCUCCGUUCUUUUACCCCCCAUAGACAAACAAUAACACUUAACAGAGCUCACAAACCAUAGAACACAAAUCCUACUCUAUUCUACACACAUAUACACACAUACACAGUUUAAGAGGCUUAUUCCAUUCCUAUGGACCCCUAAGGUAGCAUGUAGCAUGUUACCUCCAUUGCGCCGUAUAAUUCCUUUGUCUCUAAAUUUCUGCUACCACGAGUUCCGCGGACAUCCAAUGAGCGGUCACAUCAAACAUAUAAUUCGUCAACCACAUGUUGAGAGGUAACUUGCAACCGAAUAUAUAUACCACAGCCUCAAGUCCCCUGGACUCACCUAAAUACACCUAACGUGUUUUUAGGAUUUUCGGCCCAUCCUAAUGAUCGCCUCCUUAGAGGGCUUCCAUAGAUUCACAAUGGUCUAAUUUGUAUAUAUUUACCCUGGCCUUAUUCCUUCAUUAUAUUAUUCAAUAGUUAUAGACACUCCCCCCCCGUUUGCGUUGUUACCAACGCAAACAAAUUUAGAAUUUUAGAACGGACUCCUAUCCCACAGCAAAUAACAGCAAAAUCUGCACACAUAAGUAUUUUAAACGGUACAUUUCUCCAGUGCACACACCCAUAAGCCAGCGAACCAAGCAGCGCACAAAAUUGUGAGAAAUCCCACCUUAUGAGCCGGCGUCUUGGGCGGGAGUCACUUCGCCGCACAUGAACGGAACACUGGAGAAACGCAUCACGUCCCAAACGUUCCUCGCCGCCAUUUCUGUUGUUUAUAAAGAAUAAUGCUAAUCUUUGCUGUGAGACCAAGGAGUCCGCUUACACUGUACUUUGAUUAUAAAGGUUUAUUUAUAUCACAAGAUUUCAGCAUAAGUUUACAGACGUCUGCAGGCAUCUGGAGAACAGCGACCCAAAAUAAUAUGUUUGUUCUGACCACCUUUGUCUCAACCAAGUAUUUAUAAUCUUUACCAUGAUAUGGGUGGUUUCCCAUACAGACCAAUCACCUGUCUCCACACAACAGACUUCCUCUGUUCUAUGGGGUGCCCCCAUAAAACUGCUCCCCAGAUGCUUCCCUAAGCUGAAUCAACAUCCUCCAAGAUACCAUUUGAAAACGUUAGCAAAGUCAUAAAUUCCUCAGAUACCACACUGUCAUGCAUUGAUUCAGACCAUCCUUUUAAUCCUCCCCUUCUUUCACAGGUGACCUCAGGGGCCUUCGCUGGUCUGCCCAAACUAAGGUUCCUCCACCUCCUCGUCUCCACCACCUGGGGUGGAGUGAACGUCACUCUGGAGCCAGGGGUGUUCCAGGGCCUGUCUAGCCUGGAGGAGCUCACCCUGGCUGGGAUGAGUCUGGCCCUGGCCCCCCCUGCUCUGCUGGAUUCCCUGGUAGGGGUGAGGAGGCUUAGGGUGGGCCGGGCUGGAGUGAGAGACCUGGGGGAACUGGUCUGUCUCCUCUCCCCUGGGAUGGAUAAACUAGAGACCCUGGAGCUGCCCAACAGCAAGGUCAGCUCCAUCCAGAACAGGGGUUGCUCUGGAUCCAAUCCGUGGCCCACGGCGCUCCUGUCCAGGAUCCGGAUCCUGGAUCGGAGUGGAAACCCGGUGCGGAGGGUAGAGCCGAAGUCUCUGGCAGUGUUCCAGAACCUGUCCAGUCUGUCCCUGUCUAUGGUGGAUGUCUGGGUGGGCCAGCUGUGGGGGUCUGGCAUGGGGAGGGUUAACAAGCUCUACCUGUCCAGUUACGCCCCGAGACAGUUCACCCCCAGCCUGUCUGACCUGUGUACGCUGGUGGUAAAACAUGGAGUGGAAUCCUUGGAUCUGCACAUGGCCCUGAUCACAGCCUUCACUGCAGAGGUCAUGAAGAGGUGAGUCGCUUUAGAAUGGUCUAGUCCCCUCAAACUCAACUCUGGACCUCGAAGCCGGUUCCACUGCAUUUUUACAUUGUUCCCCUCUAAUCAGGAACUGAUUUAGACCUGGGACACCAGGUGUGUGCAAUUAAUUAUCGGGUAGAACAGAAAACCAGUAUGCUCCGGACCUCGUAGGGUAAGAGUUGAGUACCCAGGGUCUAGUCUAUGGUUUUCUGGUGGCCUGAUCUGACUCAUCAGACUCAAAGGAGUUGGAUAAAGCAUAGACAGACUGGUAACCAAGCAGUUGUAAUAUAUAAUAAUAUAAUAAUUUACAGUGAGGGAAAAAAGUAUUUGAUCCCCUACUGAUUUUGUACGUUUGCCCACUGACAAAGAAAUGAUUAGUCUAUAAUUUUAAUGGUAGGUUUAGUUGAACAGUGAGAGACAGAAUAACAACAAAAAAAUCCAGAAAAACGCAUGUCAAAAAUAUUAUAAAUUGAUUUGCAUUUUAAUGAGGGAAAUAAGUAUUUGACCCCCUCUCAAUCAGAAAGAUUACUGGCUCCCAGGUGUCUUUUAUACAGGUAACGAGCUGAGAUUAGGAGCACAUUCUUAAAGGGAGUGCUCCUAAUCUCAGCAUGUUACCUGUAUAAAAGACACAUGUCCACAGAAGCAAUCAAUCAAUCCGAUUCCAAACUCUCCACCAUGGCCAAGACCAAAGAGCUCUCCAAGGAUGUCAGGGACAAGAUUGUAGACCUACACAAGGCUGGAAUGGGCUACAAGACCAUCGCCAAGCAGCUUGGUGAGAAGGUGACAACAGUUGGUGCGACUAUUCGCAAAUGGAAGAAACACAAAAGGACUGUCAAUCUCCCUCGGCCUGGGGCUCCAUGCAAGAUCUCACCUCGUGGAGUUGCAAUGAUCAUGAGCACGGUGAAGAAUCAGCCCAGAACUACACGGGAGGAUCUUGUCAAUGAUCUCAAGGCAGCUGGGACCAUAGUCACCAAGAAAACAAUUGGUAACACACGCCGUAAAGGACUGAAAUCCUGCAGCGAACGCAAGGUCCCCCUGCUCAAGAAAGAACAUAUACAGGGCCGUCUGAAGUUUGCCAAUGAACAUCUGAAUGAUUCAGAGGAGAACUGCGUGAAAGUGUUGUGGUCAGAUGAGACCAAAAUCGAGCUCUUUGGCAUCAACUCAACUCGCCGUGUUUGGAGGAGGAGGAAUGCUGCCUAUGACCCCAAGAACACCAUCCCCACCGUCAAACAUGGAGGUGGAAACAUUAUGCUUUGGGGGUGUUUUUCUGCUAAGGGGACAGGACAACUUCACUGCAUCAAAGGGAUGAUGGACGUGGCCAUGUAACGUCAAAUCUUGGGUGAGAACCUCCUUCCCUCAGCCAGUGCAUUGAAAAUGGGUCGUGGAUGGGUAUUCCAGCAUGACAAUGAACCAAAACACACGGCCAAGGCAACAAAUGAGUGGCUCAAGAAGAAGCACAUUAAGGACCUGGAGUGGCCUAGCCAGUCUCCAGACCUUAAUCCCAUAGAAAAUCUGUGGAGGGAGCUGAAGGUUUGAAUUGCCAAACGUCAGCCUCGAAACCUUAAUGACUGGGAGAAGAUCUGCAAAGAGGAGUGGGACAAAAUCCCUCCUGAGAUGUGUGCAAACCUGGUGGCCAACUACAAGAAACGUCUGACCUCUGUGAUUGCCAACAAGGGUUUUGCCACCAAGUACUAAGUCAUGUUUUGCAGAGGGGUCAAAUACUUAUUUCCCUUAUUAAAAUGCAAAUCAAUUUAUAACAUUUUUGACAUGCGUUUUUCGGGAUUUUGUUGUUGUUAUUCUGUCUCUCACUGUUCAAAUAAACUUACCAUUUAAAUUAUAGACUGAUCAUGUCUUUGUAAGUGGGCAAACGUACAAAAUCAGCAGGGGAUCAAAUACUUUUUUCUCUCACUGUAUGCCAUUUAGGAGACGCUUUUAACCAAAGCGACUUACAGUCAUGCGUGCAUACAUUUUACGUAGGGGUGGUCCCAGGAAUGGAACCCACUACUCUAGCGUUACUAUCGACAUGCUCUAAUAACUGAAAUACAGGACCCCUAUCGAAUGAUCUUUUGAAUGUAAAAAUGAACUGCCAUGAUUGGCAACAACAAAUGAGCACAGAAACAGAUCUGUCAACCAGGCUAAUGUUGUAAUAUGCUAAACCUGACUCUGUAGGUGUGGUCCUGGUCUGAGGCAGCUGUCUGUGAAUUCUGAGGAUCUGUCUGGUAUGGAGCUAGGGUUCUGGACUGGUACCGGUCAGUUACAGGGUCUGAUGAUGGUCCUGACCAAGCUGACCAACGCCUCGUUCUGCUCUGCAGGGGGAGGGAGGGUGUGGAACCUCACCUCUCUCAUUCUCCAUGACAACCACCUCACUGAGAUCACCACUGAUCAGGUCAGUCAGUCUAUGUCACUUCUGUUUGUCUAUAACUGAACUAACUGUGAGAUACAAUAACUUUGCUGAGAAAUGUAUUUGACUUGAGAUAAUUGUAUGAUGCUAUAUAAAAUCAGUAUGGCAAAGAGUAUGAUGUUUUGUCAUUCUCAGUUCUCCUGCAUGCCCCUGCUGGAGCACUUGGAUCUGAGUAGGAACCAUAUCUACUUGCUGGCCCACCGGGCUCUCCAGGGUAUGCCGCUCCUCCGCGUCCUCGACCUCACCCACAACAAAAUCUCCCUGCUAGGAGAAGAUGACUUUGAGGGCCUGCCUGCUCUAGAGGUCAGAUCGGGAUAUUUUUAUUAUGUUGAUGUGCUAAGUGCUAUAGGUUUGGAGGGGAAACAGAUUAUUAUGGUAAUCAAUCAUUGAUGAUUGAUGAUGUGACUUCCCUCCUGGAAGGGAACAAGAUCUCGGGGGGCAUCGCUCAUGGGUUGUUCCGUAGACAGCAUCGACUCCAAGACCUCAGCCUGGGAGCUCUACGAGCUCAUCCUCAACAUGCUGUUCCUGGGCUUCCCCACCAAGCUCCAGCACCUCCUCAUCGACACAGGCCCAGGAACCUACCUCACCGUGGGCCAUGUUCCCGCUCCUGAGGUCCCCAUGGUCCUGGAACUCAGAGAGAAGUUGAUCCAGUCCUCUGACUGUGUCAACAACAUGUUCCCCAUGGUCCGAGAGCUGAAGGUGGGCCAGGAUGAUGAUUUACUCUGUACUGUAUCUCAAUGUGAUGUCUAGCAGUAAUCUUCAACCAUGGUGCUGGCGAAACUAAAGGUGUGCAGGCUAUUGCUCCAUCCUCCAGUACUAACACACUUCCCACUGGGCAAAAACGGAUUGAAUCAACAUUGUUUCCACAUCAUUUCAAGCAAAAUAAAUCUAUGUGAUGACGUUGAAUCAAUGUGGAAAACUGAUUGGAUUUGCAAAAGGUAAUCAACCUAAGAGCAUUUUGUAUUUUUUUCACCCAACUUUUAACCUAAAUCUAAUGACAUGGUGACGUUUGUUGUUGAUUUCAUGUUCAAUUCACAAUAGUUGACAACUCAACCAAAUGUAAAUCAAAACUAGACGUUGAACUGACAUCCGUGCCCAGUGGGUUGGUUUACCUGAUCAAUUUAUAUCAAGCUGUGGUUCCACAGGACCAGGAUUGAAGAACACUGCUUUAUAGCCAAGGAUCAGAUCUUGUACAGGAAAAUUACUCAUACUGGUAGCUAGUCAGAUAAGUGUCUGCUACCGCCAAUUCAUGUCAUUGUCAUGCCUCAACAAAGUUGUGUUGAAGGAGUUGGCUGUAGCAGACACUGAUCUGGCUAGCUACCAUAAUUUUCCUGUAAUCUAAGUAAUACACAUUUUCUGAAAAUAGGUGGGUGAGGGGACAACGUUUGCCUGCACCAGCCUUUUCCUGGUCCCCUACUUCCUCAACCUUGAGUCGUUUGAGUUCUCAGCCAACCCUGAGAAGUUUGGCACCCCCUACACAACCAGCUACGAAAACUGAAGAGGCUCAAACUGACCAACCUCAACUUCUCCAACCACACAGACCCCAGUGUCACCUUCAGGAACCUGACGGAGCUCAGGAGCCUAGUGCUGAUCAACUGUCGACUCAACUUCCUCACCAGGGUACUAGCUAGCUAUUGGUCCAUCAAUCGAUUAAUUCAUUCAUUGAUCGUUUUCCCAACCGCUUUUAGUUUCAUGCGUACUGAUAAUGGCCCUGGUGUCUCUACCUUUACAUUGAGAGUCCUUAGAUCCUUCUAGUGAUAGCAUCAUGUGUUACUACCCAUGCUGUCUUUCGCAUUACUGUAUCUCUCUCUCUCUUGCUCACUCGCUCGUUUAUUGGCAUGGGAACAUAUGUUUACAUUUGCAAAGGAAGUGAAAUAGAUAAUCAAAAAUGAACAGUAAACAUUACACUAACAAAAGUUUCAAAGGAAUCGAGACAUUUCAAAUGACAUUAUGGCUAUAUACAGUGUUAUAACGAUGUGCAAAUAGUUAAAGAAAAAAAGGGAAAAACAAUUAACAUAAAUAUGGGUUUUACAACCCCUUUUCUUGUGGCAACAGGUCGCAAAUCUUGCUCCUGUGAUGGCACACUGUGUGCAGUGUGCACAUAGCCUGUCUUCUCUUGAGAGCCAGGUCUGCCUAUGGCGGCCUCUCUUAAUAGCAAGGCUAUGCUCACUGAGUCUGUACAUAGUCAAAGCUUUCCUUAAUUUUGGGUCAGUCACAGUGGUCGGUAUUCUGCCACUGUGUACACUGUUUAGGGCCAAAUAGCAUUCCAGUUUUCUCUGUUUUAUGGUACAUUCUUUCCAGUGUGUCAAGUAAUUAUCAUUUUGUUUUUUCAUGAUUUGUUUGGGUCUAAUUGUGUUGCUGUCUGUGGGGUCUGUUUGUGUUUGUGAACAGAGCCCCAGGACCAGCUUGCUUAGGGAACUCUUCUCUAGGUUAAUCUCCCUGUAGGUGAUUGCUUUGUUAUGGAAGGUUUGGGAAUCGCUUCCUUUUAGGUGGUUGUUGAAUUUAACAGCUCUUUUCUGGAUUUUGAUCAUUAGCGGGUAUCGGCCUAAUUCUACUCUACAUGCAUUAUUUGAUGUUUUACGUUGUACACAGAGGAUGUUUUUGCAGAAUUCUGCAUGCAGAUUCUCAAUUUGGUGAAUUCUUAGUUGGUGAGUGGACCCCAGACUAAUUGGGAUGUUUAAUUUUAUGUUCCUUUUGAGGGCGUAGAAGGCGCUUCUUGCCUCUCAGAUCGUUCACAGCUUUGUGGAAGUUACCUGUGUUGCUGAUGUUUAGGCCGAGGUAGGUAUAGUUUUUUGUGUGCUAUAGGGCAACGGUGUCUAGAUGGAAUUUGUAUUUGUGGUCCUGGCAACUGGACCUUUUUUGGAACACCAUUAUUUUUGUCUUACUGAGAUUUACUGUCAGGGCCCAGGUCUGACAGAAUCUGUGCAGAAGAGCUAGGUGCUGCUGUAGGCCCUCCUUGGUUGGGGACAGAAGCACCAGAUCAUCAGCAAACAGUAAACAUUUGACUUCAGAUCUGUCUCUUUCUCUCCCUUUCUCUUGAUCUCAUUACUGUAUCUCUCUCUUUCUCUCUCUCGCUCUCCCUCUCUCAUUCUCUCCUUCUCUCUUUCUCAUUACUGUGUCUUUCUCUUUCUCUCUCUCUCUCUCUCUCUCUCUUUCUCUCUCCCUCUCUGUCUCUUUCUCAUGAAUGUCUCUCUCUCUCUCUCGCUCUCUCUCUCUCUCUCUCUCUCUCGCUCUCUCUCUCUCUCUUUCUCUCUCUCUCUCUCUCUCUCUCUCUCUCUCUCUCUCUCUCCCUCCAGUCCAUGUUUACAGACCUGGUGUCUCUACGUGUGUUGAGGCUGUACAGUGAGAGUCCUCUGAUCCUGUUGGAGGGGGUCUUCCUCCCCCUGCUGUCUCUCUCCACGCUGGUCUUUGACCAGGUCGACUUCUGCUGUGACUGCUCCAACGGCUGGCUGCUGGACUGGGCCAACAACUCUCGUAAAACACAGGUAAAACAAUUCAGGUCCAACUAAAGCUCUGAUCUGCUGAUAACAUAACAGGUACCAGGUUUUUACUAGGGAUCGUGUAUUUAUGAUUGAUGAUUUCUGGUCCUUAACGGGUGCUGUUAACUACACAUUAUAUUGAUUAUAAUCAUUCAACAAAAGACUGUUGUCUGAGCACAGCCACAGACUCAUCCUCAUCUUCCUAGAACACAUCUCCCCCUUCGAGCUGUCCGCUUUCCACAGGUAACACACACCAACUCAUCUCCUGAAUGGACUGAACUUGGAAUGGAAGAAAUUGUAUAUGAACAGUAGUGAUAUGAACAGUAGUGAUAUGAACAGUAGUGAUAUGAACAGUAGUGAUAUGAUGUACUGGGUGUUUGUGUUGCAGGCUGGCUAAGCUGGCCAGAACCCGGACCUACCUGGACUGGCCCCAGGAUGAGGACGAGAGGGUAACGUUCUGGGAGCGUUUCCGACGAAACAUCGCAGAGAGAGACACAGACGAACUUGUGAGAGAAGGGGUCAGAUCAGACAUUGCACCAUUUCUCCUGCUGUUCUCAUGA